AUGACAGCCAACGGUGAAUUCAAGAGGGUCAGUCUUGAAUCCUUUUCCAUCUCCAAGAAACACUCCAGGUUCUAUUUUGCCGAUGGAAACGUGGUAUUCAGAGUAGAAAACACUCUAUAUCGGAUCCACAGAUAUUUUUUCCAGCGUGAUUCACCGGUUUUUGAAGUUAUGUUCUCACUUCCUACGCCGAUAGGAGAGCGGCCAGAAGGAGAAGAUGAAGAUAAGCCAAUACAGCUGGGCGGCUUCGAAUGUCGGGAUUUUGACCGUUUAUUGUCACUGAUGUACCCCAAGGAUUUUACGAAUUCCUACGAGUUCUCAACUCUCGAAGAGUGGAUCUCCGUUCUAAAAUUGACGACGCAUUGGGACUUCAGCUCUAUUCGAAAUCUUGCUAUAAAGCAACUCUCUUCGAUUGGUUCCUCCGCAGACCUUGUUAUGUUAGGGCAUCAAUAUGGUGUAUCACAGUGGCUGCUCCCGGAGUACAUGGAAUUAUGUGUCCGUGAUGAACCGUUAACACUGGAGGAGGGACGCAAACUUGGCGUCGAUAUGGUGGUCACGAUAAACCAGAUUCGCAACCAAAUUCGCUAUAGGUCGAACCUGAAUCGUCACAAAGAGGCGAUUUCUGACCUAGUGAGGAGCGUUUUGACAUUUGCCGAUUGA